GGACAGGCGGGUGACACAAGGGGUGGGGGAGGAUUGCUGUGGGGCUGCUGCUGCUGCUUUAGGACAAGAUGGUGUUUGAGUCUGUGGUCGUGGAUGUGCUGAACCGCUUCUUGGGAGACUAUGUUGUGAAUCUUGACAGUUCUCAGCUGAAACUCGGCAUAUGGGGAGGAGCAGUAGCACUAAAGAAUUUAGAAAUUAAAGAAAAUGCACUGAGUCAGCUGGAUGUGCCAUUUAAAGUAAAAGCUGGCCAUAUUGGAAAGCUUGAUCUAAAGAUUCCUUGGAAGAAUUUAUAUACUCAACCUGUGGAAGCGGUUUUGGAUGGAGUCUAUCUGCUUAUAGUUCCUACUGCCAGUAUAAAAUAUGAUGCAGAAAAAGAAGAAAAACAGCUCUUGGAAACAAAACAACAGGAACUUCAGCGUAUUGAAGAUGCAAAGCAAAAGGUUGCUGAUCAGGAAAAACCGAAAGAAGAAAGACAGGACACUUUUGUUGAGAAAUUAAUAACUCAGGUCAUUAAAAAUCUUCAAGUGAAAAUUUCCAACAUUCACAUCCGUUAUGAAGAUGAUAUCACAAAUCCUAAGUGCCCGCUAUCAUUUGGAGUGUCACUUCAAAACCUUAGUUUGCAGACCUCUGAUAAGAAUUGGAAUCCAUGCUUACAUGAUGAAUCUGCCAAGUUAUUUUACAAGCUUGUACGCCUCGAUAACCUGUUUGCCUACUGGAAUGUGAAUUCAAAUAUGUUUUACCACAAAAGUAACACAGCUUUGGAAACCAUGAAAUAUGGGGUUGCUGCUCACAACACAAUUCCUGAAGGUUAUGAUUUUGUGUUCCGUCCAAUAUCAGGAAGAGCAAAACUCCGUAUGAACCCUCGUUCUGAUGUUGACUUUUCCUCACCAAAGAUUGACUUGGAUGUAAAUCUCCAGGACAUAGCAAUUGAUUUUAAUAAGCCUCAGUACCACAGUGUCAUGGAACUUUUAGAGUCUAUUGACUUGAUGUCCAGAAAUUUACCAUACAGGAAAUUUCGUCCAGAUGUUUGUGUUACCAAUCAUGCCUCAAAAUGGUGGAAGUAUGCUAUAACUGGCAUCAUGGAAGUAAACAUAAAACCAAGACUUUAUAUGUGGUCAUGGAAAUGCAUUAGAAAACACAGGCUUCAAGUCAAGAAGUAUAAGGAAUUGUAUAGAACGAAGAUAACAUCAAAGAAGCCACCAGAGGAAGUUCUUUCCAAAACUGAGGAAUAUGAGAAGGCUUUGGACAUAUUUAACAUAACCUUAGCAAGACAGCAAGCUGAAAUGGAGGCAUGCAAAGCUGGGCUUAAAAUCUACAGGCCAGGUGCAAAAGAUGAUGAGUGCAACUCCAAGGGAUGGUUUGGCUGGGUGUGGGGCUGGUCUGGAGAAACCACAGAGAAAAAAGAGGAUUUCAAAUCUGGAGGUCUUGAAGAACUGAUGUCACCUGAUGAGAAAACAAAGCUCUAUGCAGCCAUUGGAUACAGUGACACAGCUGUUGACCCAACCUUGCCAAAAACAUUCGAAGCCAUGCGUUUAUGUGUCAAGCUGCUGAGCAUGUCGGUUCAAUUACGAGAAGAUAAAGGAACAACAGAAUUGAUCAACUUUGCCAUAACUGAUCUGAGCACAGAAUUAAAACAGCGACCAGGAGCACAAGCAAUUAAGUUUGAAGCACAGAUUGGCACUUUUGAAGUGACAGGCACACCCCAGGGAAAGUCAGUGCCUUGCCUCUUGUCUUCCCGACAUCUGAUUGAAAAUAAUAUUUCCCUAUUGAGCCUUAUGUUUGAAACCAACCCAUUAGAUGAGCGUGCAGACCAAAGACUUCAAGUGGAGUCCCAGCCUCUAGAAAUAAUAUACGAUGCAAAAACCAUCAACAAUUUAGUAGACUUUUUUCGACCUCCACAAGAUGUUCAUCUUGAGCAACUGGCCUCUGCCACAAUGACAAAACUUGAAGAAUUUCGGGACAGAACAUCAACAGGCUUACUGUAUGUCAUUGAAACACAGAAGGUUCUUGAUUUAAAAAUUAACUUGAUGGCUUCAUAUAUAAUUGUUCCUGAAAAUGGAUUUUAUGAGCAAGCCUCAAAUUUACUUCUUUUGGAUCUUGGUAGUUUGAAGAUGGUCAGCAAAAGUCGCUCACACCUUCCGCAACUGAAAGUUGGACAGAGCACCAUUGAAGAUAUUAUGUCACGAGCAUAUGAUAGUUUUGAUGUGCAACUUAGCAACAUGCAGCUGCUUUAUAGAAAAGACAAUGAAAACUGGAAGCAGGCCCGCAAUCUAAAACGUUCAUCCCAGCAUAUUCUAGAGCCAAUGGAUCUUAAGGUGGAAUUCAGCAGAGCAAUGGUUGUUACUGAUGCCAGGAUGCCCAAAUGUAAAUUAUCUGGAGAACUCCCUAUACUUUCUGUUCAGAUUUCUGACCAAAAACUGAAGGGUGUAUUGGAACUGAUUGACAGCAUUCCAAAACCUGAAAGUCCUCCUGAAUCAUCUGCAUCUCCCCAAAGAAUUGCUAUGCAAAAAUCCACUGCAGUGACUACCCCUCAAUUGGCACCAAGAAGACCUGCUUUUGUGGACCUUCCUUCUCUGAUUGAGUCUGAAUCGGAAGAAGAGUUCUAUGAUGCACCUACAAGCCCAGUGGAGGAAAUGCCAUUUUUUCAGGAGGCUAAUGGGACACUGGUUAGGACAGACAGUCUGAGAAAGAAGAAGUUGAGAAAACAAGAGACUCUAAAAAAUAUGACAGAAUUUCAGAUGAGAUUUGAAAUCCCAAAUGUUACACUACAGUUAUACAGCUUGUCAAAAGAUGUUGAAAAGACUAUUUUGCACCUAGAGAUAUUGGGAUUAGGUACUG